GGCUGCGCCGGUCUCCGGCAGCUGUUUCGGCUGAAGAAAGGACAAAGUGUCCAAACACACUGAAAAACUCCUGAUGAAGCAACUAAGAUCCAUGUGACACACAGUAAUAAAGAUGGCAUUUAUUAAAGAGGAGAGUGAAGACGUGAGGAUUGAAGAAGCAUUUGAAGUGAAACAUGAAGAUACAGAAGAACAAACAGACCUGAUGGCGCUGAAAGAAGAAGAACUGACAAAGAUAGAAGAGACAGAUCAAUAUGAGAGACGUGUUUGCUUAUCUGUGGAAACAUCCAUACAGUCCGAAACAACUUCACAAAAAAAAGUUCAGAAGACCGAAUCCAACAGUGACUUCACCUGUAAUCAGUGUGGAAAGUGUCUCAAGCAAAAAUAUAACCUUCAAAUGCACAUGAAAGUUCACAGUGGAGAGAAGCCCUUCAAAUGCCAACUGUGUGAAAAGAGAUUCUCACGUAAAGAAAAUCUUAAACGCCACAUGAAUAGUCACACUGGAAUGAAGCCCUUCAUUUGUCAACAGUGUGGAAAAUGUUUAGCACAUAAACAAAGCCUUGAAUCCCACAUGAAAUGUCACACUGGAGAGAAGCCAUUCACAUGUGAUCAGUGUGGAAAGAGUUUCAGACAUAAAGUAUCCUUUGAUUACCACAGGAAGAGAGAACAUUCAGGAGUGAACGGUUUUACAUGUCAUCGGUGUGGAGAGAGUGUCAGUUGUAAAGGAAGCCUCAAGACACAUAUGAGACUUCACGCUGGAGAGAAUCCUUUUACUUGCAAUCUGUGUGGGAAGGGCUUCCUAUAUAAAGCACACUUUGAUACCCACAUGAGAGUUCACACUGGAGAGAAGCCUUUUACCUGCAAACUGUGUGGAAAGAGCUUCGCACGCAAAGGAUCUCUUAAGGUUCACAUGGUUGUUCACACUGGAGAGAAGCCGUUUCCAUGUGAUCAGUGUGGAAAGUGUUUCAGACAUAAAACAACCCUUGAUAUACACAUGAAAACUCACACUGGAGAGAGUCCUUACACCUGCAAACUGUGUGAGAGGAGUUUCUCAAGUAAAUCAACCCUUGAUGCCCACAUGAGAAAUCACACAGGAGAGAAACCCUUCACCUGCAAACUGUGUGGGAAGAGCUUCGCACAAAAUGGAAAUCUUAAGGUUCACAUGAAAACUCACACAGGAGAGAAGCCUUUCGUGUGUCCUCAGUGUGGAAAAUGUUUUACACGUGAAACAAACCUUACUAGCCACAUGAGGCUUCAUUCAAGAGAGAACUGUUUUAACUGUCAUCAGUGUGGACAGGGAUUCCCAGACAAGAGACGCCUUACCUGGCAUGAAAAAAAGUCAUUCUCGAAAGACGUCUUUCACGUGCCACGAGUGUGGAAAGACUUUCAGAUUUAACGGAGCCCUUGAGGUUCACAUGAGAAUUCACACUGGAGAGAAACCUUUCACCUGCACUCAUUGUGGAAAGAGUUUUAAUCAGAAUGUAACCCUUCAGAUUCACACAAGGCUUCAUACUGGAGAGAAACCUUUCACGUGUCUUCAGUGUAAAAAGAGCUUCACAUAUAAAAGAGACCUGAAACGUCAUUUGCAAAUACAUUUUGGAAAGAAACGGCAGUGCUCUGCGAGUAGAAAAAGACUUAGAAAAAGGAGCACUUUGAAAAAUCCACACAUUCGCUGUGGAGGAAAGCAGUUUAAUUGUGAUCAGUGUAAUAAAACAUUUCGUUUGCCAUUACACUUACAGAUACAUCUGAAAAGUCAUGCAGAUGUGAGACGAUAUCUGUGUUUUAUGUGUGGAAAGCGUUUUAAAUGGCUCAGCUGUUUCAAAUGGCACCAGAAAAUACGUACCUGUGUGAAAUUAAAGCUACGUUCACGCCACUGAAUGUGGACUAAACCUGAUUGUCCACAUUCGUGACCAAUUGCGUUUUUUUCAGCUCUUUAUAAGUUAUAAGACACUGUGACCUCAUGCUUUCUAACCAUAUGUUGCAUAUUGUACAUAUACAAUUAUAAAUAAUAAAAAU